AUGGAAGAAAGUGGAUCUGAUGUUGAGGAUGUUACUGUGAGAAAGAGACCUGUGCGCAAAUACAGAAACAUCCCACUUUAUUUGAGGUCACCAUACUGGACUAAGAACAAAGGCUCCAUCCAUAAUGCAACUCCCAAAGAAAAGGUUGUUUCAAACUACGCAUUUUUGGAAGCCUCAAGUGAGCACCCGGGAGGAGAGAUAUUGUUCAAAUAUGGUGAUUAUUACUUGUCAAGGGAUGGUUUUGCAACUCUGUGCAAUGGUGAGAUACUGAGCAGCUUCCUAGAUGUCUGGUCCCUACGUUUUACAUUGCUAAACACGUCCCGUGCGGUUGGGGAGACAAAGCGGGUCUACUUCUCCACCCUAGUACAUCUUCAAAUUGAUCCCAAAGACCAGUGGAUGAAGGAUCUCCCAGCUGACAUAAAAAGGAGGAAUUUCAAUGAGAGAUUGAGCUAUGAAAUAAGCAGCUUCAGGAACCUAGACAUCAGUGAUGCAGAUCUGAUAUUUUUCCCAAUUCAUCGCCAUGAUCACUACUUCUUGGUCUGCUUCAACGUGAAAGAACAUAAAGUACAGGUCAUGGACAACAAGGAGUUACCAGCUGAUGUUUCAGAGAAGGACAAAUAUGGCAACUGCCCACACUUAUUGAUUGAAGCAUUCAGUGGUUACCUUAAGGCCGAGUGCCACUCCCUGUAUGUGAAAUUGCAAAAAGUUGCAAUAGAGUACUUUAAGUUGGAUUGGGCAAACAUUGAAAAUGUCACUGAUUACUGAAUCUAUGUACUCCGGCAUAUGGAGACAUACCGAGGGACUCUACAAGACUGGCAGCCAGGAUUCAAGAAGAAUAUGCGCUUGAAUGCAAACUUCAUGUACGAACUGCGAACGAAAUAUGCUGCUAAUCUCAUAAAGUGGAGGAUGAACGCAGUCAGGGGGGAGGUUCUACGAGCGGCCAAAAGUGUCUCCAAGAAGAAGUGAAUGAAUAUUUUUCAACAUGUUGACUGAAUUCUAAGAAUUUGAAAGUUUUUGUGAUCUACACUGACAG